AUGACUUCCUGCAAGCGUUGGGCCUGGCUGUUUGGAGCAAUCGUCGUGCUUCUCACACUCACUACGCCCGGUAACGCUCAUCACAAGAAGAAACCGGACACGUUAGCCCCGCCGCCGGCCCCAAUACCGAGACCAUCCGUAUCUCAAGGGCCAAGACCAAAGCCUCCCCCCGCGCCUGUUCCGAUAGCACCGCCAGGUCCCAAGCCAAAGCCAACGGUAACUCCAACUUCAAUACCAAAAGCACCUCCUGCGCCGGUGCCCAUCGCACCGCCGGCGCCUAAGCCGAAGCCGAAUCCACCAAAGGCGAAGCCCGAGUUCACAGAGGAGGAGAUUAAUAAUGGAACGGCUCUGGCAAAACUCAACAAGAGGGCACUCGAGAAUGUGCGGAGGAUCAAUGUGCCACAGAAACAUCCAAUAUCCAACAUUACGACCAAUGGUACGAGGUUGUGCCAGGGAGAAGGCGUGUUGAUGAGGAAAGAAUGGCGGAAGUUGACUGUCACGGAAAGAAAGUCCUUCAUAACCGCCGUGCAAUGCAUUAUGAACGAGCCGGUCAUUUCGGAUCCCAAGAGAGUGCCGAUGGCAAAGUCUCUUUAUGACGAUUUUGUAGCUGUUCACUACACUAGCUUCCGCAACACACAUCUUACAGCCUCAUUCUUUGCAUGGCAUCGUUAUUACUUGGCUAGCUUCGAGCAAAGACUGCGCACUCAAUGUAAAUACAAAGGUGCUCUUCCAUACUGGGAAUGGGGACUCGAUGUAAACAACCCAGCCGCCUCACCCCUCUUUGACGGCACCGAGCUCUCACUAGGAAGUGAUGGCGAGUUCAUCCCCCACGAUGGCCUGCAACUACGUCAGCCCUUCUCAAACAACACCAUCAAACUCAAACCCGGGACCGGAGGAGGUUGCAUCAAGUCAGGCCCCUUCCAGAACAUGACCGUCCACAUUGGUCCCGCUGCACUCGCGCAAUACGGCACCACGAAGCCCUUCAACGUCACAGAUCCCCUACAAGACCUGCCUAGAUGCCUGAAGCGGGACCUGAACAAGGAUGUGGCCCAGCGGUUCAACUCAUUCAGGAACACGACGACACUCAUUCUCGAGCAGACCAACAUUAAGAACUUCUCUUCGCUAUUACAAGGAGACGAUCGCUUCUUCCCCAACACACUGGGAAUCCACGGCGGUGGUCAUUUCAUUAUUGGUGGCGACCCCGGGGCGGAUGGUGUCAUCGCACCCGGCGACCCGGCAUUCUGGGUCCAUCAAGCCCAGGUCGAUCGUGUGUACUGGAUCUGGCAGAACCUUGAUUUGAAGAAUCGCCAGGGAGUGUUUGGUACGAUGACUCUUCAGGAUAACCCAAAAAGCCCUGAGGGCAGUGUCGAGGAUGAUAUUGACCUCACGCCUCUCAACUCGCCAGUAAAGAUCAAGAACCUGAUGAACACGGUUUCUGGGGCGCCGCUUUGCUACAUGUACGAAUAG